AUGUACAUGCUGUCGAAAUGGGGCAUAAAUUACGACGUAAUCGAUUAUUUAACGUUUUUCGAAAACGUGACGGAAUCUAAUCCUCAAAACAGUUGUAUCUGGUUUUUGAACAACGGUCAAUGUCCAAUAUGUCUGUCGUUUUUUAAACUGACCGUGAAACUAAAUAAUUGUCAACACAAAAUAUGCGACGAUUGUAUGGAAACGCUUUGCGCUUCUAUCGAGGAAAUGCCGUUUUGCCGAUUGUCCGAUGUGCCGAUGUCCGAUUUGCAGAAGUGUAGCUGUGAGUUAUGA